AUGAUAUAAAAGUUUGCAUAAUUAGCAUAACUAAAAUCUAUUCAAAGAUUCUCUAACAUCUUUGUUGCACAUAGAAAUAGAGAUGAUAAUAGUGAUUCAGUACCAUUUGAUUUUACAGAUGAAAAUUAUAAAAAAAUUGAAGCUAUUUUAGCUAAAUUUCCAUCAAAUGAGAAAAAAUCAGGUACCAUCCCUUUACUUAUGCUUGCAUAAAAAUAAAAUAAUAAUUUUUUGAGUUUAUCAGCAAUGAAGAAGGUUUUAAUGAGAUUUUAACUUAAUAGAUUGCUAAAAUUUUAGAGAUCCCUGAAAUGGAUGUCUUUGAAACAGCAUCAUUUUAUUCUAUGUUUAAUAGAGAAAGAGUAGGAAAGUUUCAUCUUUAAGUAUGUGGAACUACUCCAUGUUAAUUAUGCGGAUCUAAGGAUAUAAUUAAAACAAUUGAAUAAAAAUUGAAUAUUAAAAAUGGAGAGACCACUGCUGAUGGUUUGUAUACAUUAUAAGAAGUUGAAUGUUUAGGAGCAUGUGCCAAUGCACCAAUGAUGCAAGUUAAUAAUGAAUGGGUAUAUGAAGAUUUAACACCUGAAAAUACUGUAUAUUAUAUUAUAAAUUAUUUAUAGUUAAAGUUAUUAGAAGAUCUUAAAAAUGGAACAGAUAAAAAAGGACCUUAAAAUGGUAGAAAAAAUGCUGAAGGUCCUUAAGGAAGAACAACUUUAUAAAAUAUUGCAAAUCAAUAAGAUAUCAAAUAUGAUAGAAAUUUUGAAGCAGCAAAAAAAGAAUGGUUAGAUCAAAAAGAGAAAGAAAGACUUGAGGCUGAGAAAAAGAAGUAAGCAGCUUAAUAAGCAAAAAAAUGAU